GACUGCUCUCUCUUAUUAAGAUCUCCGAUUUCUGAAAUCCGAUAUAAUUUUCUUCUCAAUCCAUUCAUACAUACGCGUUCGUUUCACAAAUUAAUUAAGGAAAUGUGGCGAUUUGGUUUAUCACUGAUAAUUUGUUUCCAUCUCUGGAUGAAGUGUUGUAUUGGCGCUGAUCAUGUCGAAACGUGCUCUGGAAUAGUGCCUAUGAGGAAUCGCAGUGGCAGGAUUUCGAUAGCGGAUUUUGGAGGCGUGGGCAACGGAGAAACGCUGAAUACUAAAGCGUUUCGAGCGGCGAUUAAUGAGAUCGAGCGUCUGAAACGAGUAGGAGGCACACUUCUAUACAUACCUGCUGGCGUGUAUUUAACUGAGACCUUCAACUUGACUAGCCAUAUGACUCUUUUCUUGGCCAAAGAUGCUGUCAUCAAAGCUUCACAGGAUACAAUAAAUUGGCCUUUGGUUAACCCCUUACCUACAUAUGGAAGGGGAAGAGAACGUCCUGGAGGAAGAUACAUUAGUUUCAUCCAUGGAGAUGGGCUUCAAGAUGUCAUUAUUACUGGUGAAAAUGGGACAAUUGAAGGCCAGGGUGCGGUUUGGUGGAAUAUGUGGAGGCAAAGAACUCUUAAAUUCACCAGACCUAAUCUCGUUGAAUUUAUGAACUCCAAGGAAAUCAUAAUCUCCAAUCUCAUAUUCAAGAACUCCCCUUUCUGGAACAUCCAUCCAGUUUAUUGCAGCAAUGUUGUUAUUCAAAAUGUGACAAUACUGGCUCCAAGAGACUCUCCCAACACAGAUGGAAUUGAUCCAGAUUCAAGCUCAAACAUUUGCAUAGAGGACUUGUACGUUUCAACUGGAGAUGAUCUUGUGGCAGUAAAGAGUGGUUGGGACGAGUAUGGAAUCGCAUACGGCCGUCCCAGCAGCAACAUCACAAUCCGCCGACUGACCGGAUCUUCUCCCUUUGCUGGAAUCGCAAUAGGCAGUGAAGUAUCAGGCGGUGUUCAGAAUAUAUUGGUGGAGCAUGUUAAUCUUUACAACAUGGGAUUCGGAAUCCACAUUAAGACUAACAUCGGCAGAGGAGGGUUUAUUAAGAACAUCACAUUCUUCGAUAUUUACAUGGAAAACGUACGAACAGGGAUUAGAAUAGCGGGGAAUGUUGGAGACCAUCCGGAUGAUAAAUUUGAUCCGAAUGCGAUUUCAGUGGUAAAGGGAAUAAAUAUAACGCUCGUUCUUGGUAAGAAAGUUCUGCAGCCGGGAAUGAUACAUGGAUUUAAGGGCUGCCCGUUUACUGGGAUUUGUCUUUCGAAUGUGAACAUGAAUGAUCAGGCGCCGGUUGGAAAUAGGAGGAAUGAUCCCUGGCAAUGUUCGGAUGUGACUGGGGCGGCGAUUGGGGUUAGUCCGUUGCCUUGUGCAGAGUUAACCAGCGCCGCUCAGGCAGGUGAGUGUGUUCUUUUUCCCUUUGAAUUGGAUUAAUGAUAAAAUGUGUGUAGAUUUCUCUUCAAACUGAACUACGCUUAUUUAUCUAAAGUUUGAAAAUUUGUUAUUUCGUGUUAAUUGAAUUGGUGCUUUAAUCUAUGAAUGUUUCAAAGUUAUUUUGAUUUUA